AUGACAAUAACCGCUACUGCUCCUACAUCUCAGCUCCCGCCCAUUAGUCGGAUUCAUCAGUAUCCACCAGAGGACUUAAGCCGUUCUCUUCGUUAUCUACGACAAAUAUACAACCAGGAAGUUCGAGGAAUACGCCGCAUUGGGCGCAAGCCGUCUCUGAAGGCAGUAGCGACGUUGCACGAAGGGGCCGCAGAUACGCCAGAAACAGAUCGUAAUCUUGACACUCUUCGAUCAGAUUCAUUCGAACGAUCCUACGCCAUUCGAUGGUUGACCGCAUUGGUUGCGCAGUCGUAUCGCCUACUAGAUUCUGCUGGGGAAGACUCCACAGACACGGUGCAGCGAGAAGCACUCAUACAAGACGCGGCUUCUCUAUUGGCCAUCUGUGCAGGCUCCGCGUCUGCAGGCACCGUGACUCGGGUAUUCCGCUUCCACGACGGCCAACUUCCAAUCGAAGUACAGCUGACGGACGUGCCGCUCGAGAACCAGGACUACAGCAGCGUAGGCGCGCAGACGUGGGGGAGCGCAUGCCUGCUUGCGGACAUGCUCGUGGAAGACCAGCAUUUGUUCAAUCUGGACGAGUAUGGAGACGGACUUAGGGCGUUAGAGUUGGGCGCGGGCACCGGGCUGGCCGGGUUGACGUUGGCAAAACUACUGCAGGCUCGGGGGACGGCGUGCUCUCUUGUUGCGACCGACUUUCAUCCCUCCGUUCUGUCCAAUCUCCGCGACAAUUUCACGGCCAACUUUCCGACGACCUCGUCCGUCGACGUCAGUGUCCAUGCACUGGAUUGGUCAAAGUGCUCCACCACAGGCCAAAAUGCGCAGCCAUUGGACCAGCCAUUUGAUCUUAUCCUGGGUGCCGAUAUUAUCUACGAGCCUGAGCACGCGCGUUGGAUACAGGGCUGCGUGGAGAAGCUGCUUCGCAGACCAGAAAAGCCGCAUUCACGCGAUGAAGUCUCUCACCCGCCCGCCAAAUUUCAUCUUGUCAUUCCACUGCGCCCCACGCACCUUCUGGAGUCCAGCACCGUCGAAGAAGUCUUCCCACCGCUCACAUCUCUGUCAUCACAUAGAGACUUGCCUACCUUGGCCGUUAUGUCGAAAGACGUCAUCGUCUGCGAAGCGCAUGGCGAUGUGCGAUCGAGGAACGGCGCCGCCGACCAGGUGGAGUACGCUCAUUAUAUCAUCGGGUGGUGUUAG